AUGUUCCAGUUACAGACUAAUGUGGGUAAGAGGAGAGUGACUGUAAAAAGGUAGAGUAAAUAGUUCCUUCACAAUUUAGCAAAUGACCCUAAAUAAUCUUCGGUUUUGCAAUUUUUGUUCCAUUAAAAUUGUAAUUUUGGUCUACACCCACUUGCUUAAAUGUUCUUGGAGAAAUUUAACAAAAUAAUAAAAAAUAUUGUUCGUUAGUUGUGAGACUUCUGUUUUUUUUCCAGCCAAGUAAAAGGUCUUUAGAUGUCAACUAUGCUUUUUAUCAUAAAUAAUAGGGCUGGUAAAUCACAAGAUAGUUCUUGGCAGUAAAUUUGUCUACAAAACUUCAUUCAUCUCCUCAAGUCAAUUAUUGUUGCUGUUGAAAAGCAGAAUAAUGAUAUACAGAGGAUAUAAAUUAUUGUUGCAUAAAUACAAGAUUGGCCUACCUACCCUUUCAUCAACAGUUAACCAACAUUGUGUCUAAUACAGUUACUGUAAGCUCUCCUUCUUUAAUCCAAAUUAAAUAUGCUACUGUAUAUCUCUUUUAAUAUCAAAUGAAAUGCAUUUAAUAGUUUAACUGUGUAUCGCUCUCGUCACAUAAGUGGAAAUCUUUUCCAGUGGUAGAAGCUUUGUAAAUAUUAGGUUCGAAUGAGAUGAAACAGGUCAGCAUGAUCUGUUCUUUUUUAGCUACAUCCAUCUAUAGAUCAAGAGCAGCUGUACUCACAACAUCAAUUAGAGGUAAGUAAUAGCAGUCAUGCUGUAACCUGGUUUAAUCCACCUCUGUCACACUGGCAGGUCAAAUCCACAGAGUAAAUACAAAGACAAUGGAAACCGCACAUGAUAUUUGGUGUUGCUCUGCAUACAAAUCAAAUAUACAUACAUAAGCAAUUUAGGACAUCAUUGAGGCCAUAUCAUAUGUGUGUGUGUGCGUGUGUGUGUAUGUGUCAAAAUUAAUGAAUCAGGUCCAUAUAAGAAGAAUUGUUAGGGUUCUUUUCACUAACCAGGGAAAUAAAGCAGAUUGGAACUGAAUUUUCAAAACAUAGGUCAAUAUUACCAAGAGUAUAGGUAUACAACAGAAUUCAAACUGGGUUGUUUUGGAUUUGAAUAGACAGUGUGAUGUUUAAUUAAUAACCCUAAACACUAAACUGAAUUGUUGGUACAAGGGAAUUUAAAUUCGAUUUCACUGAUCAGUUCCCAUUAAUGUAAUGUUAAGUGAACAGACCUCUGAAUCUGUACAUCCACUUCCAUGUGGCACUCAUUUUGGGCAUUUGCCCAGGCCAAUGCUGUGAUGUUGUGCCUGUGGACAUCUUAAGAUUUUUUAGAGGCACCCGUUUCUGCCACUAGCCAUGCUUUCAAUUAAACAUACAAUAAUAAUUCAUUCACUGCUAUAUACCUUGUGCAUAUAUUAUAGUAAUGCCACAUUUUGAUUAAUUUUAUUCACAGUGCAAGGGUCUAAUGAAGGCAAUUGCAGAAUUUGUUUUGUCAUAUAUCACAGCUGAACAACAGGUCGCUAAAUCAAUUUUACAAUGGAAAAAUGGGUCGACAAGCAAAACCAGUGACCGCAAUUUGGGUCCCUGUAAAAAAAAAAAAAAAGGUUAUGAAGUAUCAAUAUUUAUAUAAAAUGCUCAGUGUUUUAAUAAGAACUAUUUUCUUCUGAAGAUUUUGUGUGGUGAAUGAUAAAGGUGUACUGGUUUUAUUAUUUGUCUUCACAUAACUCUAUCCAACCUAAAUAAACACAAAAACACACAACCACAAACUAGACUAACCCCUCAAACUACUAUUACCACAAAAAAAAGAGUGCCUCAAUAAAUGAAUGUUAUCUUCAUACAUCACCCAGUGGACUUGUUUGAUGUAUUGUGAUUAUAAAAUAUUAACAUGACAAUGUUUGAUAGAAGGGAGCUGGGUAACAACAUACACAGGAUUCAAUAAGUUAAGAUGUAUUGUAUAUGUUAAUAUGUAUUGUGCAAGUUUGCAAUCGACCAUAACUUAAAUCUCACUAUGUUUUCAUUUCUGGGCCUAUUUCAGUGUAUAUUGAAUGCCACGGUCAGUGAAAACUUAAAUGACCCCUUUCCCUGGUCUCUUUGCGUUUAAUAUAACCAGGGACCCGUGACAGCUUUGCACAGAAGCCAUCAUAUGCGAAAACAAUAAAAAAAAAGCGAGGAAUAUGAAGCCAAAGUGCCGAGGGAAAAGGGAGGUAACGAGAGGAGGAGGGACUUGCUUGUCUGUCCCCCCCCUCCUACAAAAAGCCGAGUUGGAUAGGUAACGCAGUGACUGCCCCCCUGCAGUAAUUUCCCAGUGUCAGGGAUCUUGUAACUAGGCAACAGCGCCAGGGCAGCCAGAGAUGCUGCGCAGGAGAGAUACAGAGCGUUCCAUGGCGUUCUAAGCCCAUUCUACACUGCAAGUGCACGGCUGCCCGGCUGCCCGGCUGCCCAGCUCCCCAGGGCACAGGGAGCUUGUCUAUCAUAUCACUGCACAGAACCAGGAGGAGGUGGGAAUUAAAUAAAAAAGAAAAAAAAAAAUUCACUUCCCAGUAUAAUGAAGCAUGGAGGAGGUAUAGAGUCUCCUGGAGUACCGUGGCAGGACAAUGGGAGCAGGGCUUGCUGUCUGUGUGACCCUAUUGCUGGUGGAUAUUCAGUGUAUGGCAGAUGGAUUAAGGAAAGCUCCGCUGAUCAGAUCGCUGGAGAUCUGAGGGGGACCCCCGAGCUGACAUGUCCUCUUGUCCAGCAAAGUUGCUCCCGAUUUGCUCGCGUUGGCCAGCAGCUUUGACUUCCUCCACUCAUUCCCGGUGAGUCAAUGGUAGGUGGACGUGAGAGAUCAAUGCACUAAGAAAGGGGGUGAGUUUUAUGACCCCCCUCAUUGGUGCAUCAUCCCUUCAUCUCUGUCUCCGUUCAUAUGACCCUCUAGCGUUUGCAACACAAAAUAUUUAUUUUGGCACUUCCAUUUUGAGAAAGAAAGAAAAAAAAAAUCAGAUGCAUUAGUUAAAGAUGUGAUGCUUGGUUCAUUUCACUGAUAGCUGUAUUUUCAGCAUCACCUUCGUCAUAAUCCUGCUGAUUGGUUGUCAGGGAUACUUAUAGGUUUAUACGAUCUUUCUAAAAAGAAAUUGCAUUGAUCACUCACAAUACAAUUCAGAAUUCUAAAAAGUUACAAUGUAAAACCUACCUGUUCUACAGUCAGAUCUAGAUCAAUAUAAUUAUUGAGUUCAGUUUUUAUUUUGUUUUGUAAUUAUUUUGAAUAACAGCAAGUAGUUUUUUUUUUAAAGUUAUUAAGAUUAAUAAUGAUUUUAAAUCCAUGUAUACUGAUUCCCCGUAUUAAAUUACUGAAAAUAGCAAGAAAUGUAAUCUGUAUUUUAAGCUUCUGUGCAAUAUGGUGUCAGAACAGUCAUACUUUUAUGAAGCCACGAAGUGGAAAUAUUCACAAAACAAAUGUAAAAAUGAUACCAACAAUAAUUCCCUGCAGGUGUUAAAAUAGCCCAUGGUAAGUGCUGCUAUUGCCUUUAGUUAGGGAUUUCUUUCUUUGACUUGUUAAAUGAGUCAUUACACAGUGUACACAGUCACGUUUUAUGACAUUUACGUUUACUUACACACAAUGAAUAAAAUAACUCUUUAAAAAAACAACAUACUUUUUGUUCAAUUCUUCUCAUUAACCCUUUGAGAUCUAGAGGAUUGAGCAUAGCUCCACUUUGCCUUUAUCCUUAUUAUGACCUCAAAGGAUAAAUGAUUUCUUAGAGUAUAUCAGCCAUUGCAUAGUGUAUAUACUCAGCCUGUGUGAGAUGGACCAUUAUACCUCUACAGCUAAAAUCACAGUGCUAACAGUGAACCAGAGAGCAGUGGUUAUUUAUAAAAGAUCAGCAAUUGUUGAUUUAAACAGUGACAGGUUUAUUCUGGAUGUAUGCUUGUAUUUCAGUUUUAUUUGACAAUGGUAGUGCAUUUUUUACUUUACUGCUGCAGCACAGAGUCUCUAAAAGUAUUCUGCUUUGAAAUAUGACUGCGAUUGUUAAUGUCACAUCUUUCCAAUGACAUCACAGAGAGCAAACACACAUAUUUGCCUAUAGACGUAUAUGAAGACUUUUUUUUUAUUUAGUCCACAAGUCACUGUAACCUGUAACUGUUUGAAUUGUGUAUCUUAAUUCACUUAUUUUGAGAUUAACAUCAGGCGAUUGCAUUUAUUCAUAUACCAAACCUGGCAUUGUGUGAUUUCACACGAUCUGCGAAUAUUACAAUCAUUAUUCUCUAUUUUUUCCUUUCUAGUCUCACAGCUGCAUCACUUCCACCCAGCUAGAUUACAUUUCAUAUAUUGUCAAAGUAGACAGUUGUUCGCAGAAACUAUCAUUAUGCAGUUUCAACAUAUUUAAUCACUUUAACACUUUUUCAAUAUAUUAAACAUCAGUAGGUGCAGGUUUAAAACUGAGCCCUCUAUAGAAUGUGUAGAAUCUUUUACAAUGACUGUGUAUCAGUGCGCUUUAAGAUUUAGCAGAGAAUAUUUGAUAAUAACUAUGCAGGUUAAGGUGUCAUUUCUUUUGCAUAAUUUAAUAUUGCAUAUAUUGUAAUGAAUUUAUAUUACGCUGGGGAAACUGCAAGCGUCAUAUCUGAAAAUGCAAGUCCUGAAAUUUUGAGGUUACAUAAACUGGUGACUAAGCCAAAACUUAAAAAUGGAGCUGAGUGGCAAAUCGACUGCUGGCCUUUACUGAAGAAAAGGUCACAUGUAGAGAGGACGUGUGAACUGAGCAACCUGGUUUAAUAUAAUUUUUAAGCUAAAAUAUCAGCCAUACUUCUACACCUGCUCAGUAAUUUGCCAAUGGCUUUUCUAUCACUAGGACAUCUGUCAUCUUGGAACAGCAUUUCUAAGUCGGAGACACUUGAAAAAGACUUGUUUAUCAAAGUAACCAAAAUAUCAUAAUUUUUUCCAAUGAGCACAUGGUGGCUACCAUUUUAUGCUAAAUGCCAUUGGCACCUGAAAAUUCAUAAAUGUGAAGCAACAUGGUGCACACAUACUACAAGACAAAUACACCAAAUUAUAAACACAUACUAUCCUGUAACCUGAUUGGUGUACAACAUUUCAUUUUUUUUUUAGUUGGUAGUCAUCAAAAUUAUACUCAUCGUUUGAAUACUGUUUCCUUAGUUUUGCAGAAAUGAAUUGUGUCUACCUACUUAGACUCGUGAUCCUGAUUGAAAAAUACUUGGGGGAAAUGGGUGCCAUCUGUUCUCUAUUUCAGCUGUGAAUGGACCAUGUAUAUUGGUGCUAUGCCCAGAAAGAGAUCUGUAGAGCAGUUCAUUAAGCAUCGAUUUGGAAAUAAAAACACUGUAAACUCUUCCUAUUCCUAGUAAUUAUGCAGCACUCAUUUGCCUUCCAAAAGGAAGCAGACUUCCAAGAUAUUUUUUGAAAAUUAUUAAUUAAAUAUAAAGAACAGAUUAGCUUUUAAUGCAUAAUGCUAUGUUUUCUGUAUGGUAAGAAUUAGUAUAUUGAAUAACAAGUUACAUAUUACUUCCAAUAUGCUUAUGUACAUUACCUUUAUAUAGAUAUAUAUCUCUUGACCGAUUGACUGACUGAUUGAUUAAUUGAUUUGUGUCACAGUCCCAGGCAUAAAUUAUGUCCACCUUGUAUUACUGAUGUGCUGGAAGAGGGGCUGGCAGGAAAGAGAGUGAGAGAUACUAUAUGCAUGUGUUACUCUCUGCCCUGUAGCUCUGCAAACAUGCCAGUAAAGGGAGAGGGACUGCAUUUCGUGAUGGCAGUUGAUGCCUGGGUGUGUGACUCCAAUAAUUCCCAGGCAGGAGAUAUGUCCUUGUAUGUCGUGGUGUGACCCCAGGAGAUACCCAGAUGUGCAUGUGUUUGAGUGUAUGUCUGUUUGUUGCGUUCGACAGCAAUUGAAAUGGUGUUCAAGUUGUUGUAAAGCAAAAAUCUAUAAAAAUAUAUAUAUAUAUUUUAAAAAAAAUGAUAUUCACGUAACUUAAAAGUUACAUAAUUUUGAAGUAUACAGUGCCAAAACAAUGCUCUAGAGUCAUCAAUAAACCACUCUGCCCUCUGUUUCCUGGUUUGUGAUAUCUCCAGGAAUCCUCAAUGACAAUUUCCCACAAUGCUCUGUUCACAUAUAUACAAUGUAUUUUGUAAGGGAUUUGUUUUGCCUCCCUUUCUAUAUAUACAUAAUACCAUACCAUAAUACUCCCACAUAUAUGCAGUACACACAAAUAUAUUUUUGCACUGUAUAAAUCAUAAUAAUAAUGCUAACUAUAUAUAUAUAUAUAUAUAUAUAUAUAUAUAUAUAUAUAUAUAUAUAUAUAUAUAUAUAUAUAUAUAUACAUAUAUAUAUAUAUAUAUAUAUAGUUAGCAUUAUUAUUGAAUUUAUACAGUAUUAUUAUUAGGAUUUAUACAGUGCAAAAAUGUUCUGCAGCAGUUGACAAUUAUAGAAUGGGGAUAUUUGACAACAAGUAAUUGACAUAUAGAAUGUAACAGAGACAAGAGGUGAAGAAGGCCCUGCUCAAACGAGCUUACAAUCUAUUGGGAAGGAGUAAAGACACACAAUAGAAAUUACAGCAUGUGAGAGGGGAGGGGGUGUAGGAAUCGAUGGAUAAGAUUCUUGUGUCAAAAAAGGCUGGUAAAAACGGUGUGUGGAGGGAGAGAAAGUGAGCUACGCUAUGGAUGCGAAGGAACUGAUGAGGGCAGUGAAAUAUAUAUGUAUACACAAACACACAAAACUAUUUCAUAUUAUCAAUAUAUUUCACCAACCAACAAAAUUAUGUACCAUCUUUUGUUUCUGGUUAACCACACAACACUUAGGUGCCAGUGUUUUUCCCCUGUUAGUUUGUUGCUAAUCUUUGCUUACGUGUUGACAUUGAUUUUUGGAAGUACCAUGUAUGCUAAAAGCUAAUGUGGGUUACCUCUGUUUAUUGAUUAGGAAUCUGAUAGACUGGACACAGAAUUGGAAGGAAACAAUCAACAAUAAAGUGGCUUGCUAGACUGCACACUUUUGGAAUAUAUUUAAGAUCAGAUAAUUGAAAUGUAUUGUGAGAUACUGUGAUGUGUUUUUAUUGAUUUUUCGCUUUCCCAUUUCCUUCUCUUGGAGGGAUUUUUGCAGGCACUAUAGAGAGCAGACAGUUGUCUGUAGCUUUACAACAAUGCAUUUAACCCAAUAAAUGUUGCAGUUUUACCAUCAGAAUUGCAUUUAAUGUAACAAUACCUAAGAACAUGUGAACACAGAAUGUUUUAUUACUUGUAGCAAUAAUAAAACAUUCCAGGUAGCAGAAAAUUAUUUAAACACAGAACAUUUUUUCUUUUUAAAUAUUAGAACAUUUCAUUUUCUAAACUCUCCAAUAAUAUAAAUUAUAUUCGUUUUUAAUUAGACAUCACUCCCUUUCUCAUUUAACCUUUUAUUGUGCGAGAGUGAUACUAGCAACAAUGAUAUUCAGUAAAAUGAGAAUUGUGGGAAUUUUAAAGUGAACUCAAAGUGAAUAUCAAAUGCAAAGCUAAAUAGCCAAAAACUAGAAAAUGGAAUUGACUUUGAGAAUUAUUUCAAUCUUGCUAUUUUGGCCCAAAUUUUCAUAUUCACUCUGAAUUCUUACUUUAGUGAAUAAGGCUUAAAUCAACCACAAUGCAUGUUUUUGUGUUAACUGGAUUCUCCGAAUUUUUGCAGGUUCAAUCUAUCACAUACUUUUUUUGCAGUUUAGAAUCGAGUAGCUAUGUUAUGGUUAUAUUCAACAGAAUCAUAUGCAUAUACACUUAUACCAAAAAAAAAUUUGGCAUAUUGAGAUAAUGCGACAACAAGGAACCGAUAUGCAAAUUAAGUAACUACAAACAACACAACAAAAGAGUAAUGUGUGAUUACUUUUAUAAUUCUGGUAGUUGAAAUGGUGUAAUUUCAAAGUCUUAUUUGGCUAUAAAACCUUCAUGAAAAAACAACCAUUCUGUAGUGCUGCUCAGUGGUGACUUAGAUAUAAAAGAUAAAGAAUAUAAAAAAACAAAAUGAACUAGUAGGGGAGAUUUAUCAAAGUGUUCUGAAAAAUGCCUGUGUGAGGUUUCAAAAAAAUCAGCUUCAAUCUAUUAAGCUAUAUAAAAAAUAACCUCAAAAGUAUCACCUUUCCACAUUAUAUAUUCAGACUGAUUUUUGCUCCUCCACAACUACAUCCCACUAAGUAUUUUGCGUUACUUUCACUGUCCACAAUAUAAGAGGUGUAACAAUGUCAGAAGACAGUACUUUAAUGGUGCAAAAAACAAAUAAAAAUGCACUACUAUUAUAAUAUCGAAUAUAAUAUAGAUAAUAUAAACGAAAUACGCUACGCAAAAGUAAAACAAGAAAGAAUGACAAAAAAGUUGUAAAAGUAAUAAAUAGUGAAGAAGUCCAUUAACAAUGAUAAAAAAAAGUAGAUAGGGUGCAGGUUGUCCAGUGACUUUUUGAUAAAUCUCCCUCAGCAUAGCCACACACUGUCAUUUCCUUUCUUUUUCACAACACCAAAACCUAAUAAAUUUGCUUUAUUAAGUAUAGGAUAUUCAUGGAUGAUCCCAAUAUACUGAAUUAAAUCUUUGGGCUUCCAUAAAAGAAAACAAGCCUUUGGUAUGUUACAUCACAUUUUGAAUCUGUGUACAUUUCUUUCCCUAUCCCUGCACUGUCUGUUCAUCCAUUUUUCCCUCCACCCAUCUGCCCAUCCAUUCAUCUUCAUGGCACAUAAACAAAGCACAUUCUGCUUUUUACAUACUUGGAACCUGUUAGGAAAAAUGUUACAAUAAUUAGCUGAUGAGCAAGUAGAAGCAUCCAGGAGAGCUAAGCAUAACCUGGGAGCAUGGGCGUCCGCAUUAAUUUUUCCAGGGGGGAGGCAUAAUUGUAAUGACAUCCAUUAUAAAGCAAUCACCUUUCUGCUCCUUGCAGACCCUUUCUGCUCCUUCUCCUACUUUACCUUUGUGCUCCAUCUGAUUCUUUCUGCUCCUUUAACUUUAUGCUCCUUCUGUCCCUUUCUGGUCUUUGCAGACACUUCCUUCUCCUUGCAGACUCUUCCUGCUCCUUGCUGCCCCUUGCAGACCCUUCCUGCUAAUUUCUGCUCCUUCUCCUACUUUACAUUUGUGCUCCUUCUGCCCCUUCCAGCUAUUUGCUGACCCUUUCAGUCAGGAGAGAGAAGCAGAGAUAAGAUGUAGCUUCCUAUCCCUGUCUCUCGUCAUACACAGCGCCACCUACUGGCCGGCACCGGUUUUGCACUGUAUUUUCAAUCUCACACGAAAAAUAGCAGAACAAGCUGAAAAAUCCAGGGGAGGGGAGGGAAGUGCCUCCCCUUGCACCUCCCCUGUGGACGUCCAUGCUUGACAUCAAAAUGAGGGAUGCUGUUCAGUUUUUCUAUGGACAGGAAGUUCUAUGAUUGUCAGAUCUUUCUGUUUUUUAGACAUAAAACUAUAUUGUAGCUGUAGCAGAUGCAUUUUGAUUGCAUGUUACUGCUGACGUGUUUCAGCAAACAACUAAGAGUCACACUGGCUUUUGCAAAUGCUGUGUUACAUUAAUGAAUUAUAAAUGCACAAUUUCAGAUAACAGAGUUAAAAGCUAUUGGAUUAGUCAUAAUAUUGCAUGCCUGUAUAACAAAGCAGUUGAAAAUGUUGAAUAGAGAGGAUAAGACAGGUUGUGAAAUCAUCUAAUAAGAGUAUCUAUUUAGUAACAUCGCUUCCAUUGGGAGCAUCAGGGUACAUACUUUAGAUAGUUGUAAUUGUAUGUGGGCUAAUUAUGCUGUUAGAUAGUUACAUUAUAAUAUGUCUGGUCUGUGCCCUUGAUCAUUGCUGACGAGAGCACUUGCGGAUCUUCAAAAAUAUCAAAUUAUUAUAUAUUAUAUAUAUAAAUAUAUAAUUAUAUUUUUAUAUUAUUUAUUCAUCAUAUCAUCAAUGUAAUGUUACCAGUGGAGUAUUUUGGUUUUGUGCUGCACUAGGCAUGACUAAACUUGGGCACCUUACUAAUUUAAAUUUACCCUACCCCUUCCUCUCAAGCCCACACCUCUUCCUGUUUAAGACCAGCACACACUUUGACAGACACAUGUCCUCACUGAUACAUGCACUGACAUACACUCACCGACACAUACACUGUUUAACCAACACACACUUUCACUGACAGACACAGACUGAUAGGCACACAUUCUCAGAUACACAUACACUGACAAACACUCACUGACAGACACACACUGACAUCCUCACUGAUUUGGCACACUCUGAAAGACAUACACACAUACACUCACAGACACACAUUCAAUGACAGACACAAACUGACAGACAGACAUACACAUUUACUAACAGACACACACUGAUAGACACAUACACAUUCACUGACAGACACUCACACAUUCACUAACAGAAACAUUCACCGACAGACACACAUUCACUCACAGAUACACACUCUCACUCACAGACACACACACAUUCACUGAAAGACACACAUGCUCACUCACAGACAAACUCACACAUACACUGAGAGACACACACUCACAGGCACACAUACAUUCACUGACAGAUAAACACUGUCACUGACAGACACACACAUUCUCUGACUGACAGACAGAUGCACUCACUGACAGACACACACAUUCACUGACACACACACAUUUUUUCAUACACUCAAAAAUGAUUUUUUUUUUAAAUUUAAGUCAAACCAGCCUCCCUACUAUCGGGGCAGCUGGAGUGGGUUCUUUCCCCGGGGUCCAGUGUGGCUGCUGGGCUACUUGGCAGGCUGAAGGAUUGGUUGCUGGGCUGGCUGCUGAAUGCUGGGCAAGUGCACAAUUGAGGUGGUGAGGGAGCUGUAAUCUUCUUGCUCUGCUCCCUCAGAGUUCCUUCUGAUGAUCCAAACAAACAUAAAAAUCCCAAGUGAAGGGAUUUUCAUUAAAAAAGGGAAAAUAGGGGGCGUGGACGACCAUGAAACCAACAGGACGCAUCUCGGUGGAGCUCCACAAAGGCCCCACCACAAUAGGCAAAAACGAGCUGAAAAAAUAAACCUAAAGGCAUCUACUCACAAACCCCCACACAGAGAAAGUCAUGGUGAGAAAAAAUAAGAAAAAACAGAAGUCGAAGGCGUCUAAGCUGCCCAAUAUCAGGCUAUCCUUUGAGAGACCUGCGCCGCCGUCUCAACCCAAGAUGGCGCCCGAGCCUCAAUACAGCCCAGAGAUCUCGGAAGACUCCGAGGCAGAGAGGGAAUCCCCUGCCUUGCUGGACCCAGGCGGAGCGACGUCAGCCUCAGAAUCAGAAGAUGACUCUUCUCCCUCCACAAAAGGAGAUAUAAAAAAACUACUCACGGCCAUGCAGCGGAUCUGGAAAGCUGACAUACAGCAGACCCAGACUGAAGUUGGCGACAUCCACAGGAGGGUACAGGAGGUAGAGGAGAGGGAGGCUUGCAACACAGCCAGACCAAAAAAAUGGCUGGAAGGACUCACAAAUCAGGUCCAACAGCUGUAGAAAACGGUGCUCAGCUUGGAAUUCAGACACCGUCUGUGAAAUAUCCGUCUGAGAGGUGUGCCAGAGGAGGUAGGAGACGAGGCCCUGCUCCCAACUGUGAAAAGGCUGCUAGUCUCCAUGGGCAUUACAGACAACCCAGAAACCCCCCACAUAAAGACAACUUUCCAAAUAUGGAAAUCAGCGACAGCCCCAGAAACAGCACCCAGGGAUGUCAUCGCAGUGACCAGAGACAUAACCACACGCAGCGUGAUAAUGAAACGCUGCAGAGAGAUGGGCAAGUGCGGUUUGAGGGGCACUCAGUUGUGAUCUAUAGCGAUCUAAACUUCCAAGUCCUUGUGGAAAAGAGAAAACUGUCACAAGUAGCCAAACGGCUAUGAGACAACGCUAUCAAAUACCGCUGGGACACAGGGGGCUCAUUGGUGGUACCCCGGGGGAAGGACACUCUAACCCUCUCCUCGACUGAAGACCCACGGACACUACUCCAAACCCUUGGGCUGUUGGCUGAGCACCAGGAAGCAACAGAACUCACAGAGGUAAAGCCAACAGCACACAAGAGCCCAGGGGGGCACCCGAAAUUUGACAAGGGAUGGAUCCACAGGAUAACUAACGAACCGUGAACCCGCAAGAGAUUGUGACCCUUCGACCAAUGCCCUCCUGGCGCCUACACGAACUCUGGCCAUAUGACCUACAGUCUUUACUAAGUGGCUACUAAAAAAGACUGGACAUACCAUUUGCAAAAGAAGACAACCCAAGGUAUUGCAAAUGGGGUAUGUCCAGUCUUUUUUAGUAGCCACUUAGUCACAAACACAUUUAGCAUUUUAUGCAUUUUUAACACUCAAACAAAUAUGAAUGCUAACUUUGGCCAGUGUUUGUGACUAAGUGGCUACUAAAAAAGACAAAUUUGAAUCUAUUUAGCAGUUUUUUUCACUAGCUUUUGUAGAUGAGUAAAAGAGUUUUCAGGUAAAAGUAAAAAAACUUAUUUUUUUCAAUUUUUCAUCAUAUUUUUUAUUUAUUUUUAAAUUAAAUUACAUGAGAUUAUAUAAAAAAUGGUAUGUUAAAAAAGCCCCUUUCGUCCUGAACAAAACAAUGUAUAAUUUGUAUGGGAACAGUAAACGAGAGAGCGGAAAAUUACAGCUAAACACAAACACCACAAAAGUGUAAAAAGAGGCCUGGUCACAAAUGUACAACAUCGCAAAAACAGUGCGGUCCUUAAGGGGUUAAUUAAAAAUUUUUUAAAUAUGGUGAAAUAUUGAAAAGAAAACAAGUUCUUUUACUUUUACUUGAAAAAUCUUUUACUCAUCUACAAAAGCUAAUGAAAAGUUAUAGGGCUCUAAGUACAAGUAGGAUAUUGCGGAUUCAAAAUAUAAAUUUUUAACAUUUAUCAAUAGUGACAUUGUAACACUGUUAUCUGUCAUAAAUCUCUGAAAAACACCCCACAUGUAGAUAUUUUUUUAAUCUUAAUUUUUUAAUUUAAUUUUUUUUUUAUCUAAGGAUAUUUUGAUACUUUCUAUGCAGCCAUUUUACCACCAAUCUUUGCCAAACUUCGCAUAGGUAGUUUAUUUUUUCUCUUUUUUUUCACAUACAUUGCAAUUCAGGUAUAAAUUCACAGAUCCUGUUAUGUGUUGCUGCCAAAAAACACACUAAUAUGUGUUCAGCAACAUCUCCUGAGUACAGUGAUACCACCCAUGCAUAGGCUUGUUGGGUUGUUAGGGGGCUAAAAGGCCAUAUUUGGCAGGAGCGCAUAUCCGUUUUCCAACUUGGAAUUUUGACAUGUAGUCAACCUACGCCCAUGUCCUAUUUGGGCCAAUGUAUUUUACCCCCAUCAAACCAUAUAUUUUUGAAAAUUAGACAACCCGGGGUAUAACUAUAAUACUACUGAAUAUUAUUUUUAUGCAAAUAUAUAUAUAUAUAUAUAUAUGUAUAUAUAAAUAGCGAGGGCUUGCACUCCUGGUGUAAUCCUGUGGUGCCCGGUGCUGGUCUGGCAAGGAUCAUGUAGACAUAGCAGAAAUGACCGCACUCCAAGGACUUUAUAGAGAUUUUCAAAUAAAAUUUAGCUUUUAGUCAAUCCAUUUAAAAAGUCAACGUUUCAGCUCCCACAUGGAGCUUUCAUCAGGACAAAAAUCAGGACUGUUUUGUCCUGAUGAAAGCUCCAUGUGGGAGCUGAAACGUUGACUUUUUAAAUGGAUUGAAUAAAAGCUAAAUUGUAUUUGAAAAUCUCUAUAAAGUCCUUGGAGUGCGGUCAUUUCUGCUCUGUCUAUAUGUAUAUAUAUAUAUAUAUAUAUAUAUAUAAUAAGAAGUUAUAUAAGGAAUCUGAUGAAGCAACCUCUUUAGGCAAAGAAUUACACAACUUUAUUGUUUUUAUUGUAAAGAGCUCUUUCCUCUGCCGUAGGCUAAAUCUUCUUUCUUAAAAUCUCAAUAGAUUAAAAUUGUAACGUGCAGUAGAAUGCUUGAAAUGAUAUACUUGUGGGGCAAAUGCACCUUUCCUGCUGGUUUAAAUACUUUGUUGUUAUUAUUAUUAUUAUUAUUAUUUUACAAUCUUUACAUGACUCCUCUUGGGCUUAUUUUAUUUGAAGGUUUUUUUUUUAUUGUUUUGUUUUCUGCCACCAUAUUAGUACCACCAUAUUAAAUUAUUUUAUGCAAUAUAUUGUGAAAAAUAUGAAAUAAAUUAAGAGUACCCCAAAAAUAAAUUAUAGAAUCAAAUACAUAUAUGGAAAAAAAAAAUUAAAUUUUUUUUUUACAUUCUUUAAUUUUGCAGUGCAAGAAUUUACCGACAUGUUUGUGAUGCCACGACAGCAUUGACAAGCUUUCAAUAGCGUACACAUUGAUACAUAGGCAUGGCAUGUAAGAGAAUUGCACUAUUUUAAAAUAUAUUGAAAACAAGUGUGUCAAAAAAGAUAGAAAAGGAUAUAAAUGGAGCUCGAGUCCUGCAGGAAAGUGUGGUAUUGGCGUUUCUGAACUUUUUACACAACAGGAACACCGUUCCCGUUAGUAGUCCUGCAGGACAGUGGCGUACCAAGGAGGGGCGGGGGGGGGGGUGGCACCCCAGGUGCAUUUUGCCACCCCUGUGUCUUAUUUAAAGGGAUCAGGCCACUUACAGGAGUCUCCAUGCUUGUUUCACAUCCAGUAGCAGCAGAUCUUCUGUUCUCACGAUCCGCGAGAGCCAUAGCAAACCACGGCAACGCUCUUGCGGAUCACGAGAACAGAGGACCUGCUACUGCUAGAAGUGGACUAAAGGUGGAGUGUCCUUGACUCCUCUUCUCUAGACAACUAUGCUGCGCCACCAGACCACCAGGGAAUUCAGUGUGCCCCCCCUCCCUGGACACUGGUAAGAGUCAGGGAGGGGGUGAACCCAGGUAAGAGUCAGGAAGGAGGAGGGAACCCAGGUAAGAGUCAGGAAGGGGGGGGACCCAGGUAAGAGUCAGGAAGAGAGGGGGGAACCCAGGUAAGAGUCAUGGAGGGGAGGACCCUGGUAAGGUAAUACACACACACUGCAUCCACUACACACACACGCACACACUGCAUCCACUAUACAAGCACACAUUCUGCAUCCACUACACAAGCACACUGCAUUCACUAUAAAAACACACACUGCAUACAUUAUACAAACACACAGACACACAUUUAUACAUGUGUGUCUGUGUAUCUGUAUGUCUGUGUAUCUGUAUGUGUGUUAGUAUAUGUGUUUGUAUAUGUGUAUCUGUAUGUGUCAGUGUGUGUACGUGUAUCUGUAUGUGUUUAUGUGUAUCUGUUUGUGUGUCGUUGUUUGUAUCAAUGUAUCUGUGUAUCUGUAUGUGUGUGUCUGUAUCUGUAUGUGUGUCUGUGCCUGUGUGUCUCUCUCUCUGUGUGUUUGUAUCUAUAUGUGUUUGUAUCUGUGUGUCUAUCUGUAUGUGUGUUAGUGUUUGUCUGUAUCUGUGUAUGACGGUGUUUCUAUGUAACUGCAUGUGUGUGCCUAUAUGUCUGUGUAUCUGUAUGUGUGCUAGUCUGUGCAUAUGUGAGUGUAUGUGUAUGUGCAUACAUCUCAGCAUUUCGCCUACACUACACACAAAUACAACCCUGCAUCCAAACGUCAACACUACCACCAUAUUCAAAAACCACACUACAGAAAAAUGCACGCCUGCAUUCAAAUGCUAAUACGCCUGCAUUCAAAUGCAAACACACCCAUACAUUCACUCACACAUACUCCAUAAAAAAACAUGCUUAAAUGUGUAUGACUUUUUUAUUUUUUGGGGGGUGGGGGUUUCCCACACUUUCUUCCUCAGGACUUGACCCCUGGAUAUAAAUGAUAAUUCUACUGAGCAUUCUGAUUGCACAAGAGGAAAACAUGAGGAGAAAGCCACCAAGUAGAUUAAUCACUAAGCUCAAGACAAUAGUCAGGGCCAGUGCAAGGAUUUCUGACAACACAGGUGAAGAUGCGUUUUGCCGCCCCUCCUCCCCACAAAAAAUGCAUCUUCACCUGUGUGUCAUGUAACCCCCCCUUUUAAAUUUCUUACCCCCUUCAGUGUUUUUAUCCUAUCAUUCGAAUAUCUUACUUCCUUUUUCUCCUUUGUGUGUCUUACACCCGCUUUGCUGUGUUUUAUCUCCUUGUGUUUCUCUUACAACCCAUUUGUGUAUUUUUUACUUACUCCAGCCCCUUUGUCUGUCUCUUUCUUCUCCCCAGCUCCUUUGUGUGGCUCUUUCUCCCCCAAAGUCCCUUUGUACGUCUCUUUCUCCCCACAACCCUUCUGUCUGUCUAUGUGUCCUCCCUCAGCCCCUCUGUGUGUCUCUUUGCCCCCCCCCAUGUGCAUACAGCCUCUAUGAGUUUCUCUUUUUGCCCCCCAGCAUUCCUGUCCCUUUCAAUGUCCCCCUCCCCCUAUACCUUUCAUUGUCCCACCUCCCCUCCUGUGCCUUUAAAUGUCCCCCACCUUUUAUUGCCUCCCCUGAACCUAUUAUCCCCCUCCCCUCCUGUACCUUUUAUAGCCCCCCCUCCUGUAACUCUUCUUGUUCCCCCCUUCCUGUAACUCUUCUUGUCCCCCCCCCGUAACUCUUCUUGUCCCCCCUCCUGUAACUCUUCUUGUCCUCCCUCCUGUAACUUUUAUUGUUCCCCUCUCCUGUAACUCUUCUUGUCCUCCCUCCUGUAACUUUUAUUGUCCCCCCCAACUCUUUUUGUCCCCCACCUCCUGUAACUGUAACUUUUAUUGUCCCCCCUCCUGUAACUCUUCUUGUCCUCCCUCCUGUAACUUUUAUUGUCCCCCUCUCCUGUAACUCUUCUUGUCCUCCCUCCUGUAACUUUUAUUGUCCCCUCUCCUGUAACUCUUCUUGUCCUCCCUCCUGUAACUUUAUUGUCCCCCCCCUAACUCUUCUUGUCCCCCACCUCCCCCACCUCCUGUAACUGUAACUUUUAUUGUCCCCCACUCCCCUCUUACUUUCCAUUGUGCCUCCUUCUGCUCUCUCCAUGCAGCGUGGUUGAGCGGGCGGUACGCGGUAGAGGAUCCUGUUUCCUGUCCCAGUCUGAGAGGAAGCAGUGUGUUGCAUCUCCUGUCAGACCGGGUAAACCGCGGCCCGCCCGCUCGGCAACUCUACACGCAAUGACCGGAAGGAGGGGAGCACUAUGCAGUGUGCUCUCCUCCUGCCAGUCACCCGAGGAUUGCGCCCCCCAGGCCAGUGCGCCCUAAGGCGGCCGCUUGUGCCGCCUUAUGGUAGCACCGGCCCUGACAAUAGUGCUUUAAGUGCGGAUGGAUAGGAUAGGCAAACUGUAAUUAUGCUGCAAAUAGUAGCUUGAGAAAAGAAUAAACAGCGGUAACUUAGCAAGUGUAUAUGCUCGGGUCAGCUGAACACAAUCCACUUAGCCCAUACCUGUGUCUGCCAAGCUGCAUCCAGGCAGGUGCGUUAAAGAAUUCGGGCUUACUGAGGCAUCACAUUGUGCGGCAUCACUGCAGCCACAGGACCCCUUUGUUAUCUCUAGACGGUAGCCUCCAUGUCCCAGGUGGCGGUGCUGCACUCCGGUACGUGGGUUGCGGAUGUUUAUACAAAAUUUGGUUCCCCUCUGAGGAGAAGGACACUGAACCAAUGCAGUUGCUGGGGGCUGUGCUGAAAACGUGGUCAGUGUAGCUUGCUUUCUCCGGUCUUCCCAGCCCUUCCAGAACCGCUGGCACAUGGCUUCAAACAAUGCAGAAAAUUCUGUUUCCCAUAUAGUCUGGGUGACUAUAGUGUCCCUUUAACUAUAUAUUUAUGAAACAUUCACUUGAUGUGUUGUAUUACAAUGUUUAAAAUCAAAGAGUUAAUUUGGUCAGCAUCUUGGAUUAGAAAUUUCUGGAUACAAAUUUUUUUUUCAUAAUUUUAAGAAAUGAACCAGCCUAUAAUGCCAGAUAAGUUAUGUGAAGACCCAUUACCUUCUUAUUAAGAUAUAUAUGCAUUGAGCUACUCGUGUUCUGAUUUACUAUUUACAUUGGAUUGAAAUGAGAAUCUACUUUCUGAGCUUCUAUGUGGAUCAACCACUAUAUAAGUUCUUCAGUUGUUUUGUUUGACGUAGAGAUUACAUCUGGCUAUUAUUGUUCAUUGAGUAAAUGGAAGGCAGGCAGCAUUUAAAGAACCCUGUAGUUCAAACUCCCUAUUAUGAACUAAAACUAAUAACAUCCCUACUAGCUAAAUAAGAGAUGAUUUUUCACAUCUUUUAUAUAUCUUAAUUUAAUUUUAAUCAUGUUUAACCUAAUUCCUUACAACCUAAAUUUAAAUAUUCAUAAUUAUUAAUAAUGGCCAUCAUUAUAAUUUAAGGGCACAAGUAUAGUAUCAGGUAAUCCCCUAAAAUAUGUAUUAAAACCCUUUCUGAGAUCUUUUCCAGGGGGGCAAACAACAGAGAGUCUUAGAAUAUAUUUCUGGUUAGUUUAUCUAGAGACACCAUGAGUUACAAAUGUAUAUAUUUGGAUGCAUGGGUCUUAAAGAGGAAGUCUUGCAUGUGUAAAAAUGAAACACGUUGGGCCAGCAGUAUUUAUACUUUAUCAUUUUAUGGAGUAAAUCUUUGUGUACCGUUUGGAGGUAACCAUAGAGGAGAGAGCCUCCGGAACAUUGAGGAGAAGCACCCUUUGAACAUUUAUCCAGCUUUUCUGUGAAUUUAUCCAGAUAUUUACUUCGUAACAAUAUCAUACUGUCGUUGUUCUUUGCAUAUUUUUUUGUUUUAGGAAUUUAGUUGUAACCCCAAAUUUAUUCUAUAUAUGAAAAUAUUCAACAUGUCUAUAACUUUUGUUUUGCUGCAGGGACUCUGAUUUUAUUGCAGACCUAUGUUAAUUAUGCCAUUAAUGAGUUUCCACCCAUGUAUAUUCUGUUAACUCCCAGUACCAACUUCAUGUGAAGGUCAAGUGGGUUUAUUCAAUGAAGUGGAAUUUGUAAAGAAUUAACAAGGGAAAUUCAAAUUAUGUCCCAAAAAUGGCUAAAUUAGAAACAUUGUGUAAUCCAAACUUGACUAUUUUGGUCUACAAUUUGAAAAACGUUUGCUGAAUCUCCACACAUUUUACUUGGUGUCAGAAAAUGCAGAACAAGUUAGUCCUAUAUCUUUUGUUAAAAUAAUAAUAUUAAUAAUAAUUAUAAUAACAUUAGAGUGUCUCUUUGCAUGUUGAUCCUUUAACAUACAUUUGUUCUGAGUUCCUUUCAAUUAUUUUAAUCAGGCAACAACUGCCACGUACUUUUGUGGAUUUUUUUAUUUAUAGAAUGCUUCCUUACAUUUUAUUUGUUUGCCAAUUCUUAUAUAAUUCUCUUUUCCAAAGUGCUUAACAAAAAAAAAAAAAAAAUAGCUUAUGAUCAUAGGUAGGGUUACAAAUAGCGGGAAAUAUAUUUAGACAAACUGGUACAAAACUAUAUAUGUAGCAAAUUUAUAAAAUGUGCUCUCCAAGAUUUCUCAUGACAUUAGAAUCUAAAGGAAUAAUAUGUACUGAACAAAAAAGCAACACAUGAGAAAAUACAAUUGUUAACUAAGAAUAUGGGUUACAUCAUGAAGAUCUAUUUUGGAUACGAGCAAUUGAGAAGUUAAAGGGACACUACAGUCAUCAAAACAAUUUUAGCUUAAUUAAACAGUUUUUGUGUAUAAAUCAUGCCCCUGAUGUCUCACUGCUCAAUUUCUGCCAUUUAGGAGUUAAAUCACUUUUGUUUCUGUCCAUGCAGCUAUAGCCACAUCUCCCCUGGUUGUGACUGAUACAACCUGCAUAAAAAAAAAAAAAAUUCAAUCAGAUAACUUAAGAAGUUUUUAUCUCCUCCUUUGUAAAUUUAACUUUAAUCACAUACAAUAGGCCCAGCAAGCUAUUUUUAUCAGGGCAGGAGAUAAGACAUUCUAAAUUAAACAGACUAUAAAAUCAAGGAAGUUAAACAUUAAAUCUCACUUUACAAGAAGUGUUUGGGAAUGUUGUAUAUGUCAAUUACAGAGAGGUGUGGCUAGGGCUGCAUAAACAAAGUGAUUUAACUCCUAAAUGGCAGGGAAUUGAGCAGUUAGAUUGCAGUGACAUUAGCUGUACGUCAAAACUACUUAGAUAAACUAAAGUUGUUUUGGUGACUAUAGUGUCCAUUUAAUGAAGUGGUAAGCAGUUAAUUACAUUCUGUAAUUUCACGCAAAAGGAGAAAUAUGGUUUAUAAAUUGAAGUGAAGUAUGAUUGUGCAAAAGGGAGAGAAAUUCAUGUCAAUUAUGUAAUGUUUAGUGCUUGGCCUACAACAGAUGCAUGCACUCCCUAUCCACUAAACAGCUACUUUGGUGCUGACGGAUUUUGUAAGUUUUAUUAAAAAGACCUAAUCUAGGCAAAAAAUAAUGGGGGUUUAGUUACAUUAUUAUUAUUAUUAUAUGAUCAUACAUUGCAUAAGCCUGCCACAACGUCAAUGUACCCCAUAUUCGAUUGAUGAUUUACCAACUGCUUACGCACAGCUCAUGGUUAAUAUUUCGGCCUGUGCUUUCCUGUGCUUUUUCAGAGUACUGGUGAAGGAAGGACACUGGAACUGUACAUCUGAAAAGUGCAAGACUAAAAUUGACCUAAUUACAGUGGGGACUGCGGUGGGAUGUUUACCACCUAAAAGUAUUAUUUUUAUUGACUAAUAUAUAAUCAUAAAGAAUAUGCCAUCAUAAAAUAUUAUAUGUAAUAUAUAGAACUACCUGUUUUAGUGUGCGCUGUACUGAAAUGUAUUUGCAACACAAAAUUACUUUUUCUCCACAGUCCUGCAAUGUGUCACUGCUUGCCUUUCUUCAAUUUCUGAUUGGAUGUCCUCCCGCUUUCUGAAACUCAAUCUCUCUAAAACUGAGCUUCUUAUUUUUCCCCCUCAUAAUGCUGAUCUUCCAUCUUCGCUUUCCCUGCAAGUUGACGGUAGUUGCAUCAGUCCAUCCUUGCAUGCCCGUUGUCUUGGUGUUAUCUUUGAUCCUGGCCUCACCUUUGCACCACAUAUCCAGUAUGUUGCUAAAACCUGUCGAUUCCACCUUAAAUAUAUCGCCCACAUCCGCCUCUUUCUCACGCAAGAUGCUGCCAAGGAGGUUAUUCGUGCUAUAGUAAUCUCUCGCAUGGACUACUGUAAUUCUCUUCUAGUUGGUCUUCCCAAAUGCUGAACUGCCCCGCUACAGUCGGUAAUGAAUGCUGCCGCCAGGCUGAUCUUUCUCACCCAUCGCUCCUCCCAUACCUCUCCCCUCUGUCGAUCCUUACACUGGCUUCCUGUAUCCUAUAGGUGUCAAUUCAAAAUACUAACCUUUACCUAUAAAGCUCUAGCCCCCAAUACAUUUCUUCACUGAUUAAUAGAUAUGCCCCUUCUCGGUCUCUCCGCUCUGCCGGUGACCUUCUCCUGUUUGCUGCUCGCACCCUUACUGCUAACUCGCGCUUGAAGGACUUCUCGUGGAUGGCUCCCUUCUUUUGGAACAGCCUGUCUACCCCCAUCAGACUCUCCCCUAGUCUUCAAUUAUUUAAGAAGUCCCUCAAAACACAUCUGUUCAGAAAUGCUUAUGGACUCCCAGAGUAACUUAUCUAUACUUAUCCAAAUCUGUCUCUCGCUCUCCUAAAAGAGGCAUACUCCACUCUCACUUCCAGCUCUGCUGCUUUUCAACCUUGUUUGGUGGCUGUCACCCUUGCUGCCCUGUUGUGUAUUUGUACCCCACCUCCUGUAGACUGUAAGCUCGUUUGAGCAGGGCCCUCACCUACCUAUUGUUCCUGUAUCACUGUGUAAUUGUCUAAUUUUUUGUAAAUAUACCCCUUUCAUAAUAUUGUAAAGCACUGCAGAAUUACUUGGCGCUAUAUAAAUACCAUUAUAAUAAUAAUAAGGUAAAUAAAAAUAAGAUAAAACAUAAAACAUAUCAGAAGGAGAAAAGUCCUACCAAAUUCUUGAAAAUCCAUAAGCAUGGACAUUUAUUGUUUGUAAGCACUAAGGGUGAAUAAAAUAUUUUUAUUUUACCUAUUUACUGCUUACUUAGGACUGAAAAUAAUAGAAUGUCACAAUAUUAUUUGUGGUGUUAUGGAUAUAUAUAUAUAUAUAUAUAUAUAUUAUGUGAUGGUUUAGCAUCAUUCAUUGAUCAAUACACUUUCUAAACAAGCUUAUUUAAAAUAUAUAUAUUUUUUUUUUUUUGUCCAAUACUUCUUAUACAGGGGUGCCCAAAAGGUAGAUCCACAGACACUUUAAAACUACAGCUAAAUGCAUGCAAAGUAUCAUGGGAGUUGUAGUUCUAAUAAAUUUUGUAAAAUGUAACAUUUGAUGUUAGAAGCAGUCUAAACACCAAGCUUGGCAACGCUUAUGAUGCAGAGAGUACCCACUCAGUUAUGAGAGUGUCUAAUAACUGAAGAUACAAUCCCUCCCCUGUAAUGACACAAAGGAAGCGUUAUUGCUUACUAUUUGCAGUGCCAAUUUUGUCCAACUUGUGCGUGUGAUUGGUGGAACCUAUUCAUAGUGAGGAAGGAGUCUGCUUAAAGCUGCAGGCAUCUUCUUUUAUUUUACAUUUUAGUUUUUUUUUUUGCAAUUUUGUUUUUUUAAAUAUGGUAUUUCAGACCAUGUUUACUAAGCUAAUCAUAAUGAGCAAGAUAAAUAGCUUCAAAUGGUCUACAUUUCCCUCUUUUUAUUGUGAUUUAGCUAACAAUGUCUAAAUAAAGAGCCAGAAGUGACAUUAAUGCACUUCUAAUAUUUGUUCAUCUUUUUUUCCUAGACCUUUUACGUGCGCUACAGGUUUUAACAGUAACUGCUGUUCAUUACAAAUAAAUCUUACGGAUUCAUUUGUAAAUGUACCAAAAUUUAUAUAACUAAACAGUACUCAACCAAGGUACUUAAAUAACAAAGUGUAUUCAAGGGUAAAUAAAAUCAGGAAUUAUUAUUUUCCUGAAAAGGACUGUCAGCAAGAUUAGUUAAUUAGACCUUAUAUCUAAGUCACUCCCAUUCACUUGCUUGAUUUCUUCUGUUAAACUUGUUUAAGGAAGAUCACUUUAGUGGUAAUGGUGUCAGGACUAUCUUGGCACCUACCCAGCCAAGUAGUCAAACCAUUUCAGGCUGAUUUAACAACUUACCAGGGGGCUCUGGGUGCCUGAGACAGCAGCUCUGCUUCUUGCAAGGAGAAUCCAGUUAGCUCCACCGAGAUAAGCUUAGCCACUCUCAUUGGCUAAAACGCAAUCAACUGAGCACUCUCAUCCUAUGAGCGACCUAUACAUAUCUCAGGGGAGACAUCAGACUUCUGCAGGAGAAGACACAGGAGCCCAGGGAAUUCAGGUAAGUUGUAAAACCUUUUUUAAAUGAGGUCACAAGGGUAUUUAUACCUUUUUUACAACAUAACUACUAUGGUGUCUUUACUUAUUUUACAUUAUUAAGUCAGCUUACGCAAUGCAAUAUACAGUUUAUGUCAAACUGUAUUAAAAAAGUGUUAUGAAUAUGUUUCAUUAUGAUUGCUAGCUGCAUGAAAUGUAUAAGAUCUUUGCAGUUUGACCCAAAUGAUGGGCCAACACUUCCAGACUACAGAGCGAGCUUUGUACUCAGUCCAGAUGUUUACAAAUAGCUAACUAAAAUGUUAUCAUGGCUUGUGCUAUUAAAAAAUAUAUUAGAUAAUAACUAUAUCCAUAGAUCUUUUUUUUUUCUUUUAUGUUGUACAUUAUUAUUGUUCUGUCCUACUUGUCAAAGCCCAUGCAAUAAUUUCUUUAAGUUGCAGGUUCAAUUCACACUUGGCAACAGUGAAUAUUUAAUUCAAGGUGUUCAUUGUCAUUGGGAAGACAGGAUGUAACAUAUGACUGUUAGAAGUAUGAUGCUAAAACUAGUGGUAACACUUGCAAAGCUGAAAUAGACCUGCUGCAAAGUAGAAGAAAUUACAUCCACAUGCAAGCUUACUAUGCAUUAUGAUAAAAAAAGCUGACCUGGUUAUUUUAGAUGUGCACCAUCUCUGAAAACGUUGAUGAGUGCAUUCGCAUUGAGCAUAUGCAUGAGCUUAUAAUACCUUGAAUUUAAUACUAUGUGCACAGCAAACACGGUUAAAUAGGUAUUUGUGGUGCACUUUCCCUCAAUCUUAGUGACACCAGAUGACAUCACCCAGCUGUCGGGAGAUCAGACAAACUGAGGGUAAAAUCAAGUUGACAGGUCUCAAAUAAAUACAAAGGUUGGAAAAUGAGAGUAUAUGUCUACAUGUGUGUGUAUAUGUAUGUACAUCUAUUGCUCCAGAAGGCCAACUACUCAGAUGACUACGCCAAUUUCAAAUUGUACACAGAUGGUAGAAUAAAACAAUAGUUGUGCCAAAAUAAGAGUAGGACUAGCUCUAACAAGGUUGGACAGGUGGUUUGUGUAGUAUGGUGAGAUAAUUAAUGAUUACGCUUUCAGUAUAUUGUAAAGCCACAGAAUACAUUAGCAAUAUUGGUUUUAGAAGAAAAAUUUAUGCUUGACCACUUUAUAUUGAUUUUUUUAAAUUUAAUGUCUGAUUGGUAGAACAGAUGGGUUUCAGAUGAAUUUGAUUCAGGUUUUUACUAUACCACAUGUCUACAUUAAUAAUGUUUUUAAUUGAUAAUAUGGGAAACAUGUAGCGUAGAGGCAACACAUUUAUGUGUCUGAGCAGAAUGCAAACCUUCAAGGUGACUCUUGUUCACGUAUGAUCUACAAAUAACAGGCUUUAAACAAUUCUUACCCAAUUCAUUGUUUAAAUGGACAGAAUAUUUGAUCAAUUUGUGUUAAAAUCAGAAUGUACAGUAGGAGUUUGUAUUCAGUUGACUAUGAAUAAAACAUGCAGUGUUUUAAUAAAAAGUACUCUAACAGGAAUUUAAAAUAAAAAUACAGAAUUUCAGUUAAUUAAUGCAAUUAAUUUAAAUUCAAAAAGAUAAAUUGAGUUUACAGUUGCCAAACAGUGACUUUGGUUGAGUUGGAGAAUCAGCUAUUUUAGCCUCAAUUUUGACAUUCACAUUGAAUUCACUAACUUAAUUGUUUAGUGAAAAACCUGGUAAAUAGGAACUUUAAAUAGAACACUGCAAAUAUUUUACAAGUCAUUAUGACCAGCAAAUAAAUUAACUAAAACAAUAACAAUUGUUUCUACCUAAUCAUUUUUCAUGUAUAAGUGGCAUGAAAAUGACCAUGUUUAAUUUUAUCGAUUCUGGACAUUUAAAGUGGUAUGAACAGUAAAAGAGAGAUCUCCAUUCCCUCCCUACACACAAUCACCAUGGGAUACAUUCAUCAAAGGAGAAACAGAUUCAGUGUCACUGUUAGCUUAUGUGUUGUUGCAGCUGCAUUCACUGUUUAAUUUGUUGCAAGUAAGACUUUCCUUCUUCAGAAUUAAACCUAAAUUGAACUGUAUGUCUAAAUGCCCACACAAUUUCUUUACCAUUCUGUUUUAAUAUAUACCUACGGAAAAGCUUUAUGCGGGAAUCAAUCUUGGUCGUCCGUCAGUUGCAAUAUAUGAAAUUUCCUCCAACUUUCAAAAAUACUCGCCUAUCAAAAGGACAGAUUUGCAGAUUUUAUCUAUACGUGGAGUACACAAAAUAUAUUAUUAGAGAAACAGAAUAUUCUGCAACAUAAAUAAAUAUUCAAUGAAAUAUAUCUCUUUGUAAACCUUGAUUUAUGAUUUAGGUCACUAUGAAAAUUAUUUCAUGCAUAUCUUCCCAUUUCUUAUAAGAGAGGUGAACUAUUCUUUUACCUUUAUUACUUCAGUGUGUAUAAAUAAAGGUCUGUUGUGGGUUCAACUUUAUACUCUCUUUAAACUUAUGCGAUAAUGGUUCAAGUUGUAUAUGAUUAGAUAAUUAUUUUCUAUACUAUUAUCGAAAACCCUGCUAUCUGUCAUGAAUUUGUCAGCCUUAAAAAGGAAUUUAAGCCCAGAAAAGCAUCUAUUUUUUGUUUGGUUAUUUCAUCCUAAAAGUCAAAACUGGUAUUGGGUAUCUGUGUAAAGCUAACGUAGAAAUGCAAUGUAAUGACAACAUUAUUACCAAUUUAAAGGAACAUUCUAGCCACCAAAACAACUUUUGCUUAAUGGAGCAGUUUUUGUGUAUAGAUUGUGCAUCUGACGUCUCACUGCUUAAUGUGCUGCUGUUUAUGAGUUAAACUACUUUUAUGUCUGUUAAUGCAGGCCUAGCCACACCACUCCUGGCUGUAAAUCACACAGCCUACAUAAAAAGGUAGUUUCAUUUGUCAGAUGAUAACUUACAUUAGUUUUUAUUAGCUGCUCUGUAAAUUAAACUUUAAAGGGACGCUAUGGUCACCAGAACAACGACAGCUUAUUGUAUUUAUUCUGGUGAGUAUAAUCAUUCCCUUCAGGCUUUUUUGCAGUAAACACUGUCUUUUCAGAGAAAACAUUACAGCCUAGGGAUUCCUCCAGUGGCCACUUCUCAGGUGGCUACUAGAGGUGCUUGCUGGGGCACUGCCAUUCAGUAUCUCCACCCUCUGCAUGGAGACACUAAACUUUCCUCCUAGAGAAGCAUUGAUUCAAUGCAUCUCUAUGUGGAGAUGCUGACUGGCCAUGGCUGUGUUUGGCUUGUGCUGGCUCUGCCCCAGAUCUGCAUCCUUGACAGUCUCAGCCAAUCCAGUGCUUUCCUAUGGGAAAGCAUUGUGAUUGGCUAUUGAUCAACACUUCUGAUGAUGUCAGCCAAGCAGGCAGAUCAGGGGAAGAGCCAGCAGCAGACUGAAAUAAAAUUUUACUAUUGUGAUGAACUGGACCUCGUCACGGGUUUUGGAGGGGCAUACUUUCCAGCCUCUUGCCCUGUGACUAUGUACCAGUCCAUCCAGCAGAAGAGCUGGCAUCUGGACAGAGAACAACUAAUCUCUGCCCUCUCCUUUCCCAUUGUCCAGGGCCUGACUACCUGCAGGCCACCCCAGCAGAAGCGCUGGCAACUGGGCAGAGCACAGUUAGCCUCUGCCCUUCCCUAGUUCCUGGAUCAAGGACCAGGGGAGUGUGCAGAAUGGUCUGUCUGGUCUUGGAAUGUUGUGUCACUGCUUUGUCUAUCAGAAAAUGUUGUUUUGAGCCUCUGGUGUUGUUUCCAAUUCCCUCCUGAGUAUGGCAAAUGUAUUGACUCAUACGCCUAUCAAUCUUGGAGUCUAAGAUGCCUGACAAGACCUUCCAUGUGUAGUGGAGCCCUAGUCCUAACAGGGACUCUUCUCCGCUGGAUCCACAAAAGUACAAUCAGAAACAAGAAAAACACCAAACAAAUAUCCCACCUCCUCCCCAGCAACUGGAAGACACACAGUUCUAGGAGUACAACUGGUUUUAUUCCUGCCACACACAGCUUUUAUACAUUGCUCCUAGCAUGGGGUCACAAUUACAGGGCUUUUCUUCCCAAGAUCCUCUGUGCCUAAAAGAGAUAAUUGCGUGAGGAAAAACUAUAACUUAAUUAUCCUUAAGGUACAGAAAAAUCUACAAUAUUUUAAAACAUCCAAAAAUCCAUUUUAAUAACUUCAGAACCCCAUGAAAGUCAUAUCACCGAAUAGCUUGGAUCUGAGCGCACACUUUGCCACAAUAUCACUCAGAUCAGGAACGCCAUUUGAACGAAGUUUUGACCGGUCGGCCAUGAGGUGAUGCCCCAAAACAGUUCCAUAGAAAACAAGGCAAUGACCGGUCAUCUUUCAGGGGUUCUCACACAAACACUGGUGAAUCCAUUCCCUGCUUUUAGGGUAGGAAUGCUCCCCCUGAUAAAAACAAGUGGUAAAAUAUUCAUAUGUGAAAAAUUACACUCAAGAAACACAAAACUGUACAGAUAGAUAUAGCAGUGAAACCAAUCACUACAUUUGACUAUCAAUAAAAUAUAAUUUUUUUAAAUGUAUACAUGAACAGCACACGUAAUACAUAAAUAUAAUGUGUAUAAUAUUAAAUUCCUUCUAAAACUAAAAAAGAAAAACAUACAAUAUCAUAGCGCAAUAUGUUAAUGCAAGUAAAUUAAUCUAUUUUAAGGAAUAACCAUGCAGUAAUUGGCAAAUAUGCAAAUUGUGUAGUCAUGAUUGCGAGGUAUGGAUGCACACGUUGGCAAUCAUAUAUACACGAUUGUUUUUAUAUCUUUACACUGAAUUAUUUUUUACAUUAAACAUUUCCUUUCUCUUUUUCUCUCUUUUUUUUUUCUUCUCUUUUUCCCUCUGAGAUAAUUUAAUACAAGAAUCAGGAUAUGUAUAAAGUAAAUUUUUAUCCCUCCCUCUCUAUAAAGAAAAAAGACAAAAAAAAAUAAAAAUAAAAAAAGAUAGAAUAUAUAGAUAAAAAUAAAAAUAAAAAUAAAAAAGUACAAUUAUAGUAAUUCUUUCUUUUAUAAGUCUACAUUUCCAAUUUUAUUUAGUUUAUAGAAUUUCAUAUCAAACGUCUAUAUCAAUCUUUUUUUUUUUCUGUUCUCGUUCUCUUUCCCUCGUCUCCCUUCCCUUCCCUCUUCUUUCGUUUGUUUUGUACCACCUAAAUUUUAUUAGCCGUCUGUAUUAAUGAGACUAUUUUGCUUAUUUCUUUCCCCUUAUUUUCUUUUAAUUUCCUCUCAUUUCAUUUCCACCUCACCCAAAUUUUUUCAUAAAUGUGUUGUUUGCCUUUUAGCCUAUAUGCCAUUUCCUCGUAGAUUUUGGUAGUAGAGAUCUUUUCUCUUAUUAUACUUAAUGAUGGCACCUGUUUUGUUUUCCAUAAACUGGCUAUAGCAUUUUUUGUAGCCAUCAAAAUAUGUAUAAUUAACACUUUUUCUUGUGGCAAUAUUCUCUCUGGCAUAAUGUGUAGUAGGAAUAUUUCUGGUUGCAGGGGUAUCAAUGUGUUUGUAACUUUAAAAAUUAAUUGUUGAAUGUGUUUCCAUACAUCAAUAAUUUUUUUACACUGCCAAAAUAUAUGGGUCAUAGAUCCUUCCAUUUCCCCACAUCUCCAACAUGUCCCCACGUUCUCUGGAUAUAUUUGCGCCAAUUUUUGUGGCGUCAUGUACCACCGUAGCCACAUUUUGUAUGUUGCUUCUAUGUGUUGUAUAUUAUGUGUGGCAUCCUUAGUUGAUCUCAUAGCCCUAUACCAUUAAAAGGGCUCCCACUCGUUGUUUAGCUCCUUCUCCCAAUUUAACAUAAAAGGUAAUUUAUCUGGUUUUGUUAGAUUUAAUAUUCCUCUGUAGCUUAUUGAUAGCGGUUUAUCUUGGGGUCGUCUCCCCAAACAUAGCCUUCCAAAGUCAUUCACCCUAGAAUUUUCCACCUCCUUCACUUGAAGUUUCAUUAAAAUAUGUUUCACUCUGAGAUAUGUAUAGAGUUCCCUGUUAUGAAGAUCGUAUUUAAUUUGUAUAUCUGGGAAUUGAUGUAAAGCUGAGCCUGCUAUUAGAUGACGCGUUUUUGUUAAUCCUUUCUUUCUCCAUGUUGUUAUAUUUAAAUCUUUUGUAUAAUAAGUUAAACUUUGCAGAGUUCCAUAGUAAAAAUAAUUGCCUUUCCCCAAAAGUUUAGGGGCCCAGUAACUCCACAACCUCAGAGCUAUUUGUGUUGUGGAUAGGAAAUUAUAGUUUAAAUUAAAAAAAAAAAAAGUGUUACUGAAGCCGAAAAUAAGUUAGAAGAGAUUGUAAAAUGUAUAAAAGUAAAAGAUGGUAAUAGAAUAUCUUGUAUUGUGAAUGGUAUCUCUCUAUUUCCGUAUAUUAUUUAUUUAUUUAUUUAUUUCUUCUGAUGCACAGUGUUGUGUUUUUUCUGUAAUUUGAAAAAGUGAAAUAAAGAUUUAAACAUGAAAAAAAAUAUAAAAAAAAUAUAUACACGAUUGCCGGCAUAGAGGUUAACAAGAGGUUAAAUUGUACACUCCAGACCCCUAAAGCACUUCAGCUUGCUGACAUGCUUUAUGUGUGAAGAGUGUGCCCUCUUUAUUUUUCCAGUUUACAAAAAGUGCAUAUUUCAAUAGAGAUUUUUUAAAUUAAUCUUGUUACGCAACCUAAGGUUGUCAAUCAGACUGGUCCUGUUUCUUCCAGGUUGUUGAGCUGAGUGGAGCUAAAUUCAAGAGCCAGGUAAUGGCUCUAGAGCACCUGGCUUGCAAAGACUUUUCAUUGAGCUGCAUUUGGAAGACAGCCACGGAAAGUUUGGGCUAGGUUAGAGGAGGAAGGCUUGCAAAGGCUUCAAAAAUGCAUAAUUAAAUACAUGAAUGCUUUAUUUAGGGUAUAUCAACUAAACAGUAGACAUGCAAUUUGCAAAGUGAUGUUAUCUGUGUCACCAUUGGCUCUAUUUCUAAAUCUAACCCCAACCUCACCAUUAGCUCUAUUUAUAAAUCUAAACCUACCCCUAAUCAUAACUCUUACACUAUCCCUACAACUGUCACUAGGUCUAACUCGGACAUCAAACCUAACGCUACACUAACAGCAAUCCUAACCCUACCCUUAACCCCAACACCAGCCCUAACCAUUUGUGAGUUCUUUGUACUGUGAGACCACUGCUUGAGUCCCUGCAUGCUUCUGCAUGCGCCCUUUCCAAUCACACAGUGAUUGGUGCUGUGCAAAUGACACAUAGAGAAAAGGACAAGCAUGAAAAAUAAAAUAAAAAAUUUACCAAGCUUGGUUAGUUAGUGAUAUAGUAUUAUCUAGUGAGAAAUUAGUUAAUACGCAUUAAGUGACGGGAGGUUAGAGAGAUUGUAUUUUAAGUGAUAAUGGAAUAUCAAAGACUAGAUGAUAGAGAAGCAUUUGGUGAAUAAAUAACGGUUCUAUGCUCUGUGUUACUCUGAAUCAUUCUACAUUUCCUCAACUAAAACCACAGUAACAAUAUCUGAAAUCUAUUCCCUACUGAUUGCAUGUAAAUGUCAUAUCCAUCUUCUACUAAUAUCUAGGGCAGCGUUUCCCAAACCAGUCAUCAAGACCCACCAACAGUCCAGGUUUUGUUAGUAUCUCCAUUGGAAUAAAACAGAGAAAUACAUAAAUCCUGGACUGUUGGUGGGCCAUGAGGACUGGUUUGGGAACCACUGAACUAGGGCAUUGGUAGGCAAACUUUGGCAAUGCAGAUGUUGUGGAGUACAUCUCCCCUGAUGUCUGCAAGCAUUAUGGAUGAAAGACCAUUAUGGUAGAUAGGGUCCCUAACAUCUGCAGUGUUGAAGGUUGCCUACCCCCGAUUAAGGUUUAUUGUCAAGUGAUGUCAAUAGUGAUAUCACAUAAGAUUCAUGUAAGCACAACAUGGUGACUAAUUCUACAGCUUCUUGGUCAUUGUGAAGGCCAUAAAGUUUUGCCUCAACAAUCAGCAGUAUAUUCCCCCAGUCAAAGCAUGGAUAUAGCCCAACUUAGUUUAGACUGAACAGAAUGUACUGUUACAUCUUAGUAAAUAACAUUAUUUUAAGGAAAAAAUAGUAUAUCCAAUUUCAUUAAUAGAUAAAAAAAAAAUCAGAACCUCAUCGAAGCGAAAAUCUAUAUUUCAGUAUAGUUACUGAUAUAUUGGAUUGCAAUAUGCAUUAAAAGCAGAUGGACAAAAAGUGCUUGUGCUGGCUUACCUGACAAUAAACUCACAUUUACAACUCCUUUUAUAGGUCUAUAGAGGCUUUUUUUCAAUUUAUUGUUUUCAUUGUCUUUGUUAGUAACAAUAAAAUAUUGCACAGACAUAAACGAAUGGAACAUAUUACAGAUUAUUUUUAGGAUAGCAUCUCAAAACAAAUAAAUGUGCAAACAAUUAAAUUAAUAUAAAUAAAACCACAAAUAUGUCAUUUAAAAGAACAAAAAAAUUUUAAAUUAACAGUAAAGGGGUUCCAGAAAUACACUUGAUGUCAGAUAAAGUUCAGUUCUCAAGAGCUUUAAUAUAAUAUUCCUAACAUUUAAAAGUAUUUUGAGUACUUUUAUCUUUAGAAUGUAGUGACAAGAGGUUUCUACGUCUAAAUAUAUCAACUAACAUGCAGAAAAAAAAAAGUUGGAGGUGAAACUUACUUUAUAUUUAUUUGUAUUAGAAGUGCAUUAAAAUGUUAUAAUUUCACUUAUCUCAUCCAGUUAUAAUGAAAAAAACUUUUGAACAAAGAAAAUGUUGAUGAGCCUAUAUUUUCUAAAUUACAUUUGAGCUUGUUUGUUUUUAAAUGUAUGAUUACAUUUGGUUAAAUUGUAGAAUUAAUUAAGUUUAAUUUGCAUUCCUGAAAUUUUUCAGCAGAUAUUCUUUUCAAAAUGUUUCUUUCUUUAAUUUUUUUUUUUUUUUAUAUAUGUUUUCAUUCAGGAGCUGGGGUAACUUGUCAACCAUCUUGAGGACAGCAUGAUUGCCACAGGAGGUCUCCUGAGGAUCUCUGCUCGGAAACAAGAUCCCCUCCGACCCAAAAGCCAGACUCCGAAAAAAAAGCGAAAAGCAAAAAAGAAACGCAAGAAUGAUGUUGUUGUGGUGAAAGGCAAACUUAAACUUUGUUCCAUAUCUGGAUUAAUUGCUCUUUUUGGAAUUUUGGUACUUUUAGUUGGAGUUGCAAUGGCUGUUAUGGGUUACUGGCCAAAAAGUAACUCAGUAUACCAUGGAAAUCUAGGGAAAAAUCAAGCCAAAUAUUCAUCAGGUGAUAAAAAUAUAAUUAGUGCAAGUAAAAAUCAAUCCCGGAGGAAUCAAAGCAGCUCUGAAUCCAUUCUGGAUGUACCUAAAACAAUAGACAGAAACAUUACUAGAAGCCUUCAGCAGAAAAAGUCUCCUGGUUUUCUUGCUGGCCUGUUUUCUGGGUACUUGCAUUCUGAUAAUCUGAAAGUUUUUGGUCCACUUAUAAUGGGUAUUGGAAUAUUUCUGUUCAUUUGUGCAAAUGCUGUUCUUCAUGAAAACCGAGACAAGAAAACCAAGAUAAUUAACUUGAGGGAUUUGUAUUCUACUGUGAUUGAUGUUCAUGGCAUGAAAUGUAAGGAUGGAGCUCCUUUAAAUGGAUUUGUGAAUUAUGUACAAUCUCGGAGUAUGGAUGUUAAAGCUGGGGAUACAUUUGGGGCUGCCAUGCUUGCCAAAACCUCUUGGAAUUCAUCUCUUGGUGGACCAAUUACUUUCUCCCCUCCAAAUUUAAGAGAGACAAGGACGUCUUCUCCUAAGUUAUAUCGCCAACCACCAGAUUCCCCCUGUAUGGCUGACGCAGUGUACAGUAUUUACCGUGAGCGGUCAGCCUCUGCCCUACCAUUUGAAAGAGAUUUGGGGAGAGAUGGAGUCAAAGGUUCCCCCUCAGAAUCACCUGAUCUAGAAUGGGGCAGAAGGAGUAUGUGCUCCAUUGUUGGGUCCUCCCUCAGUGCAUUCACAUUGCCCAUUGUGAAAUUAGAUAACUGCCUUUUAGAGAAGAAAGAUGAACCUGUUGUUGAGAAUAAAAGUGCCAAAGAAGUAUCCAGGGGGGAGAUUGAAUUAAGUUUAACCAAUUUUAGCCAUGCAGACUUAAACUGGGAAAUUCCCAAGACCCAUCGGAAAUUGUUAAGGCGCCAGAGCACAAGCUGUCUGCCUGACCUUAGGAGAUCUACGUCACCCGGGCCUUUGUCUGAUUUGGGUAGCCAAUCUUUAAGUAGCACAGAUCUCGACUGUAGCCUUUUGGUGAAAGCUUCAGAACAUAACAAUACAAAGCCUGUGGUUCUUGUGGAUUCACUCACAAUAGCACCAUUGAUCAGGAAAGAUUCUCAGAGCUCCGAGUCUGACCAAUCAAGCAAUAAGGGCUAUAUUCAUCUUGAGGAGGCAGGAACCUCCUUUGAGUCUAUUGACACCUCAGCCAAUAAAAACCAAGACUGUGAAGAAUUUAGGGAUAAAGAAAUGCAUUCUUUGGAAGGUACCAGCAAAGAACAAAAUAUAGGAACACUUCAAAGGCAGUACACUAAUAAAGAAAAACUACUGAUGCUGUCCAGAUCACAUGCUAAAAUGGAUGACAAUGAUGAUGAUGGUGAUGAUUUAGACAAUACAAGAAUUUAA